CGUUACAGCUUGUGGUAGUUUUAUAAAAUAACAUUCAAUCUCACAUAUUCUUUAUAAUUUUCUCUAAACGGGCGGAAUAGUUGAUUUUUUAUUUUUUUAUUUUUAUUUUUUGUGUGGUAUUUUGGUUCAGGCGGUGCCGGGGCAGCCUGUGGGGGCUUUCCUCUCGCCGCGGACAUGAAAACAACACAAACACGUUCGAACUUUUAUCUCACAUUUCAGACUUUUUUUCUUUAAAUUCUCCGUUUCUUUCACUUUUCUGCUUCAAACAAGUGGAACGAAGAACGAGCUGUGCCGGAAUCAAACAAAAUGAGCUCCGAAGUUUGUCCGUUUUGCGGCAAAUCGUUCAAAAGGUUAAAAAGUCACCUGCCUCACUGUAAAUCUGCUCCUCGACGUGAAGACGCCAAAAUCACGAGUGAAAACCCGACGAAAUCCAACGCCAAACCAGAAAAUUCAUCUCAAAAAUCUCCUCUGGGAAAACAAGACGUCACGUUUUCAGUAGCGCCAAAAACGAACAAGAAAACAAAACUAAAAGUGUCCGAAAAAAUCAAAAUAGCAGCUGAAAUAUCGUCUCCAGUUUCCGUAGAAUCUUCACAACCUUCUUCAACCUCAAAAAGCAAAACGAAAAUUAAUUUACAAACCCAAAAUGAUCAAGAAUCUAUAAGUAAUAAUCCUAAAAAACUUAAUUUAAGACCAAACGCAGAAAUUUUACCAGAAUAUUUUGAAAAACAAGAAAGUAAAUCGUCAAUUGCACCAAAAUCGAGCAAGAAAACAAAACCAAAAUUGACUGAAAAACUCAAACUGUCUCCAAAAACUACAAAAAGUUUUGAAAAUUCACAAACUGCUACUAAAGAAACAAAAACGGAGGAUGUGAAAGACGUUUUGACGAAUAAAACUUUCUCGAAUAACUCAAAAAUCACUCCAAAUAAUGCGGAAAUGAAUUUGAAGGAUAAUUUUUGGCCCGAGGAUCAAAACGGCGUAAAAAUUUUGCCAGAAAUUGAUCCGUGGAAUAAACGAGAAACCAAAAUCACGCUCGAAGGACGUCCGCAGCGCCUUGAGACGAGCGAAACAAAACGGCGGCUCAAAAAAGAUUCAUUUGACCGAUGAAUCCGGUUCGGACGAGAUGAAAUGCGAAACUUUAAAUCAAAAUAAGACUGAAAAAUCAUUGGUAAAAGUUGAGCAGGGAAUCCCGUCGCAAUUAAUGACUUUGAAAAAUGAGUAAAAAUGAAAUCACGGCGUCAGAAAGUGAAGAUUUUCUGAGUAAAGUGUUGAAAACGGAAAACCGAGCUUGUAGUUUCAGCGGCGGUUUUGUGAUUUCGAGCGACGCGUUGAGGAUGGACCGUCACAGUCUGGGAUUCGCCGCAGAGUCUCGUCCGCUCACGACGAUUCUACAGGCGGAAGUUUCAACCGAAGCCUUUAGAAAAGAUUUAACGUCGACUUUAAACCAAACUGUGAAUAAAACCGUGAACGACGCGGAAACGACGACGACGACGACGAGAGACGCACAGAGACGAGACGAAGGACGAACCACAAGAGACGUUCUGAAGCAGCAGAGGUUGGCUCAUGUGACUCUGAGGGAGCUUCCUGAUUGGCUGGUUGUAAAGGCGCCGCGGCGUCCUGCAGACGUGAUGGACGCCGCUCAGAGAGGUUGGAGGUGGUACUACCGCCGCUACAUCGACGUGAAAAGGGGCGGAGUCGGGGGCGUGGCCAUGCUGCUCGCCGGAUACUGCGUCCUGAGCUACGUGUGGAACUUCCCCCGUCUGAGUGAGACUCACAACGUUUAUGAUCUGAGUUUAGUGUGGAAAUGUCCCACAGUGUGGCUUUAAUCUUUAAUCUCUUUUUAUUAGUCAAAAACACUUUGAUAAAUGUUCAGUGACAGUGAGAGGACUCGCCUCUCCACAGAGCUCACCUGGAACUUGACCUGCUGGUGUCACUGUUCCACCAUAGACACACAUGUAGAACCCCCCAGUGUGAUGUUGAAGUAUCAAGAAUCAUUUUAAGUGUGUUUAGUUUAGUUUGUGUUUUGCAGAGCGAGAACGAUGGAGGAAGUUCCACUGAAGAAGAAAAGAUCCUGAAGAAACGAGAAACGAGACAAAGAUCCUCAGAGUGAAGCCUGGAGCCUGGAGCCUGGAGCCUGGAGCCUGGAGCCUGGAGUUUUAACUCUGCUCCAGUGUUGAUCAGAUGUUCCACAGCAGCUGUUUUCAACAGUGUUUUCCUGAAAACACAAGUGUGUCUUUAUCCAUGUUCCUCUGCAGUGUCGUCCUCAGAUCUUCUGCAGUUUGUUUUGUUUCUUUAUAUUUUCUUGGAAUCAUGAAGUUUUUAAAGUUGGACUAAACACCUGAAGGUUCAGAUGUUUGGAGGAGAAAUCUGCACAUUUAGACUUUACUCAAAAAAAGAUGAGGACAGAGGAACAUUCUGCUCAAACAUCUACAAACCACAAAAACAACAACAUGAAGUGAAACUGAAACUGACUUAAAGAAAAAACUCUGAGUGACUUUUGUGUUUCUAUUUAUUUAGUUUGUGUAAAAUGAAUGAAUAUUGAUAAAUAAUAAUGAAUUAUUUGAAGGUCUCAGAUUGUUACGAUCUUCUCUCCUGGACUUGUGUUUGAUGUGUUUUGUUUCUUUAAUGUUUUACUUAUAAUUUCCCUUUAAUGAUGUUUUAUUUUUAUUUUAUUUAUGUUACAACUUUUAUUUAAGUUCAUAUUAUUUGUGUGAAGGACUGAGUGUUCAGCUGCGGCUCAGAUGAACUAAAAUGUAAAAAAUAAAAUAAAAAGUUGAAUAUUUUUAUGUUUUUAUAUAAAUAUAUGAGAUUUGAUGCACCAAA